AUGUCCCCUAAGCGGUAUGAUCCUGAGUAUGAAUCUCAGAGAUCCCGAUAUCCUAUUGAUAGACCAGAUGAUGAACAACUAUCACAAACAGCUGUUGCCUUCAACGCAUCCCUUUAUUCCAGUACCAUUCCGAAAACCACUGAAGAAGCCCUUCAAGAACCAAAGUGGAAGCAAGCUAUGGACGAAGAGAUCAUAGCUCUCCAGAAAAACAGAACGUGGGAGAAAUGCAGAUUAUCCAGUGAUAAGAAGACGGUUGGCUGUAAAUGGGUUUUUUCAGUCAAGUAUCAUGCUGAUGGAACCAUUGAGCGGUAUAAAGCAAGACUUGUUGCUAAAGGGUACACACAAACUUACAAGGUAGACUACUCGAAAACAUUCUCACCUGUUGCUAAAAUUGAUACCAUUCGAGUCCUCUUCUCAGUAGCAGCAAAUAAAGAGUGA